AUGGAUCAGGACGUCCAAAUCACUUUUUACACGAAAUUCAAACAGUAUUCUGUUCCUUCCGCACCGAUUGCGGUACCACAACACACGACUACUGAAGAACUCAAUAAUUUAGUCAAAGUUCUGCUAGAUGAAAGCAGAGAGUCCAGGACAUAUCCGGAAUUUACGUUUCUCGUGGAUAAUGUGAUUCUAACUUCAACUCUGCAUGAAUACUUAUCAGAGAAAGAAGUUAUAUCCGAAACCAUUGACAUUGAGUUUUGUCCCAAACAAGAACCACCAAAAUACGAAAGAGAAUAUGUGCAGGAUGACUUGAUCAGCUGUAUCAGACGCUGUGACAAGUACAUUCUAACAGGUGGUUACGAUGGUACACUGCAUAUAUGGAGCUUGGAUAGCAAAAGUGCCAUAUUAUCUUUGGAGUUGGAGGAAAAAGUUAAAUGUGUAGAAUGGAUCAGUCUAAAUCAAACCAAAAAUGAGGCGGUUUUUGUAACUGGUGGUUUUGACCAAACAGCUCAGAUAUGGCACUGGGAUCUUAGUUCAAAUGAAGUUAAUUGUACUGCUGUUUGUCGUGGGCAUUCUGAAACUGUGAUGACCAUAGCUUCACGCUUGUCUAAUAAUUCUGAUACUAAUCCAACACAUUUCGCUACAGGAUCUUGGGACACAACUAUCAAAAUAUGGUCGGCAGGAAUUGAACCUACAGAUCUGUCUGAAGAAACAGGUGGUAUUGCACAUGUGAGGAAAUCGACUAGCAAAACACCCACUAGAAUCCCGUUAUUCACCUUAGCGGGACAUCGGGAAACUGUCACACGCAUUUGUUGGUUACCUUCCGCUCUUACUAAUGAUGGCGAAAUGAAGCCUGGUGGAAACCAGCUACUCUCUAUCAGUUGGGAUCACAGUCUACGUAUUUGGGAUUGUGAAGCGGCCAAAGGUAACACUGGUGCUGAAGUUCGGUGUAUACUUUCCAACCAUGCUUUGCAUGAUGCAGAUGUCAAUAACAGAGGUAUUUUGACCGCUUCUUCUGAUAAUUGUAUUCGGAUAUAUGAUCCACGAGCAGAAGCACCUUUAGUACUCUCCGGAUUUCAAGGGCAUACAGGCUGGUUGACUUCAGUUGCCUGGGCACCUCAUAGACAAGAUCAGUUUGUAUCUGGAUCAAUUGAUCGUAGUGUUCGUCUAUGGGAUACACGUAAUCCUCGUUCCUCUCUAUAUGACUUAAUGGGACAUGCUGAUAUUGUGACAGAUGUUGAUUGGGCACCUGCAAUUAAAUUACUUACUAAUGAUAAACCUAUACAUUAUAUCUUAAGUUCAUCAGCUGAUUCUACUGUAAAAGUUUAUCAUUAUCCAGAGUGA